AAGAAACCUUUUUAAAAGAUGGAGAAGAAAAUAGAAAAAGAAAGCCAAUAGUCUUCGAACAACAAAAGUAAGGAGGUGGCGAUGCAUAGCCAAGCUUCCACGAUUACUACCAUGCACUACCUGACCAAACUUGCAACAUUUUUCAGUGUCCGUCAGAGACAUACUUAACCUUUCACCAUAGAAAAGUGAGAAAUGACAGACAUCCCUGUCUACAAACUCGUCAGCCGGCAAUGGAAGACUCUCCCGAAUAAAGGUGACGACGUCGGGAUAAAAGACCCCAAGCUGAAGCAGGGAUAUUUGGGAGACCUCAAGAAAAAGACUCUUCUCGAACUGGAGGAGGUCUACGAACGCAAUCAAAGUGUCCUGAAUAACAGAGCCCUCUUAUGUAAACUGAAAGAUAAAGGAAAAAGUCUACAAGCACGUCAAGAAGAAAUUGCCAAAGCUCUUGAAGAAGCCAGAGAAAGAGAAAGCUUGUCCAGGAAAGUGCCUAACCAAAAUGAUGUUCAUGGAUUUGAAUGGACUGGAAGCCUCACAAACAAUGCUGUUAGUGACAGAAGUAAAAUAACGGAAAAGGAGGAUUUGUGUGAAGAUGAAGAUGACCUCAAUCCUUUGGAGCUUAUGGCCAACCACUCUUCUGCUGUUGAUCACCGUGAAAGCAGAUCCAGAAACUCAGAGGAGGAUCCAGCAAGCAUCAUCGCCAGGGAGCUUGAGCAGCUGGAAAUCAUGGACUCCAAACUGGAAGAAGGAAAAUUGAAAGAGAACCCAGAGUUUGGGGCAAAGAGAGACAAAUUGAUCCAGAAGAAAUAUGAGCAAAAUGGACCACCCAAAGUUUCUUUCAAACCUUUCAGGCCUCUUAAUCCUAAACAAACACAGAGUAGGCCUGUGAUUUGCAUAUCCCAAGAGGAAUCACAGAAACUGGAAAAAGAAUAUUUAGAUAAACAGAAGGAAAGAGAGCUGAAACUCACAAUCGAGGGUCUUGCACGCCCUAACAGAGUGUCGGGAAUCGCCCAGCUUCCAUCCAAGCCUGUCGGUAACUACCGUGACACCAACCUUUCAAAACACAUUUUGGAUUCAGAUGAAGAGGUAGAGGAAGAGGAUGAUGGCUUCCUCCUUCCAAACUAUGACGACUCAGAUGACGAUGGUUUGUUUUAAAUGGUUCCUUUAGUAAUGUAUACAAUGUGAGGUAUUUUAUAUAAAUAUUGAAAAUCCAGUCAUGUAUCAAUACACAUUUUCUGUGGGUUCUAAGUAGGUUUUCAAUUUAAAAAGUACUUUUUCAGCUGCUGAGGAGGUAUUUGUAAACAGAACAAAAGCUGCUCAGGACCUAUAGACAAUAUACAUUGACCUAUAACUGGAAUUUUAUUACCAACAGAUUUUAGGCAUUAUAUACUGUAUUUGUUUUUCAAGUUAUUAGAUAUUUUGUACCUGUAUUAAAUGGAUCAAAAUCAUUUACAUGGGCUAAAAUAUCCAGAGGUUAAAACAAGGUGGACUGUAGUCCAUUCACUCCACUGUCAUAUACAUGAAAAACAAGAAAAAUAAAUUAAGGAAGUCCA